ACAACAACACAAACCCGAAAGCAACCAACCUUGUUACCGAGGUCACAACUCACAACAACUCUUGUUCUGAAACAAACCACUCUCUCUCUCUCUCUCUCUCUCUCUCUCUCUAACCCCACACACCGUUUCUCUGAAACUCCAAAAUAUCUCAGACCAGUGUUUGCGUCAUUCUGAUUUCUUCCCCUUAUCUAUCUUCACCGGCAUUCUCAGCUAUGUUUUGAUGUGAAUUGUGGUUCUAGUUGAUUUUGCUGUGCCAACUCUAUUUGGAAAGAUGGGUAGCACGUUCAAUGCACAGAUUUUAGUGGACAAACUAACCAAGCUGAAUGGUUCACAGGCAAGCAUAGAGACUUUGUCACAUUGGUGCAUUUUUCAUAUGAACAAAGCCAAACAAGUUGUUGAAACGUGGGCUAGACAAUUUCAUUCAUCUCCUCGUGAGAAGAGAUUGGCAUUUCUGUAUCUUGCAAAUGAUAUCUUACAGAACAGCAGGCGAAAGGGUUCUGAAUUUGUAGGCGAAUUCUGGAAGGUUCUUCCAGGUGCUCUUCGAGAUGUGAUUGAAAAUGGAGAUGAGUUUGCGAAGAAUGCUGCACUUCGGCUGAUUGGUAUAUGGGAAGAGAGAAAAGUCUUCGGUUCUCGUGGUCAAAUCCUCAAGGAAGGGAUUGUUGGGAAAAAUGUGGAAAACAAUAGCCGUGAUGCGAAACCAAUGAACAUGAAGCUGAGGCCAUCUGCUGGGGAUGCACUGGAGAAAAUAGUUUCAGGUUAUCGUGUUAUUUAUGGAGGGCAGACUGAUGAAGAUGCUGUGUUAAGCAAAUGCAGGAAUGCCAUUAGUUUCCUUGAGAAAGCAGAUAAGGAAAUAGGUCAUGAUAGUGAUUCAGGGAAACUCCAGGGACAUAAUGCCACACUAAAGGACUGCAUUGAGCGAUUAACAUCAAUUGAAUCAUCAAGAGCCAGCCUUGUGUCUCACCUGAGAGAGGCUCUCCAGGAUCAGGAAUUCAAGCUGGGUCAGAUCCGUUGCCAGAUUCAGGCUGCGCGUGUUCAGUCAGAACAGGCAGGUGGACAAUUACUGAAUGGCAACAAUGUGCAGCCAAUAACUGAGCAGAGCUCAAAGGAAAUUCAAACCUCCAUGGCCCCAGCAAGUUUUGUUUCUGCUGGUGACAGGGAGCAGUCAGCUCCAUUAAUGUAUGCUCCACAAGUGUCAUUUGCUCAAAAUUCUGGACCUAAUGAGGAAGAUCCACGCAAGUCGGCAGCCGCCGCAGUGGCAGCAAAGCUGACUGCAUCGACAUCCUCUGCCCAGAUGCUGUCUUAUGUGCUGUCCUCAUUAGCAUCAGAAGGCGUCAUAGGCAAUCCAAUUAGAGAUUCCUCUGCCGAUUAUCAACCUGAGAAGAGGGCCAAGCUCGAGAACGACCAGUCAUCUUAUAUGCCAUCUCAGAGUUCUCAACAACCACAACUUCCUCCCUUUUCGUUCUCUGAAUCUAUCCUACACAAUGCGGCAUCUACAACCAACCAGCAAUCCACUCCCAAUGAACCACCACCUCCACCCUCAUCAUCUCCUCCCCCGUUGCCGCCACUGCCACCAAUGGCACAGUACCCUGUGCCGCAGUACAUGCAGACUUCUGGAUCUGUUAACAAUAUGACAUACAGUUAUAGCGUGAUACAACAACCAUCAAUGGCAGCAUUUCCAGCUGUUGGGCCUUCUCUGAAUAAUGCCUCUUCUUUUGCACCUCCUAUGAAUGCAUAUCAGGGUUUUCAGGGUCCAGAUGGGAAUUACUAUAACCAUCCCUCAUCAAUGCCUAUGACUCCUAUCUCUCGGCAGUAGUUGUUGCUUAGAACAGCCUUUUCGUACCUCUUUCACAGUUUCACCCAUAACCUUGCUAUUGGAGUCUGAUUCUUACUAUACAACAUUACUAUCAGAUGUGCACUAGGACAAUGUUUUUUUCUUGAGCAGGUUAUUUAUCUUUUGAUUUGUAAUUUAGCUGAUAUUGUUACCCUGGGGGCUUAUUUAGAUGUGUGGUUUUGGAGGGUUGUUAGGCUUUGUACCCGUUUGGAUGCAAACCCUAAGAGCACUUAUUGAAGCUUAUUUGUUAGUGUUUUUUCUAGUAGAUAAGCUCCAAUAAGCUCUAAUAACCCCGUAUCCAAACAGGCUUAACUGCUGAAUUAGUUAAUGUUGUAGUUCUUCAUAAAGUGAAAGCCAGUUUGCAUAUCUUCCAAAGAUCACAGCGUCUUCCCUGCAGGUGGACAGUUUUAUGUACAGACCAGUCUGUGUAUUUUAUGGAUUUUAUAUGUUGUGCUGGGGCCAAAACUAUGUAGGACCCAGUUAAUUAUAAACACUAAUUUUAUUUUUGUUAUACAUGACAAGAUUUGUUUAAGAUUA